AUGGUGAAGUUAUCGAAUGGUUCAAAUUACAAAGCUUUGAAAUUGUUCGAUAUUUUUCCUGGUAUUUAUAUGACUUCAUUAGAUGGUCAUGGAUUUAGUGUAACAAUACUGAACGUUGAUGAUGAAACUAUCUUGGAAUAUUUAGGUGAAAUUUAGAAGAUAUUAGAAAUAUUAAAAUAUUGAAUUUUGACAGAUUAUCCAACUAAUGCGCCGGGGUGGAUAAAUUCGACAAAUAUCAACUUGAACCCUCAAUUCAGCCAAAUCAAAAUGAAUUCGAAAUCCGAUUUAACUGAUAUUGAGAAAAGUGGUGUUAAUCAUGAUCCAGAGAAACUUCGAAAAAUUAUUGAAAACCUAUCAAAAGCAAUGUUCGAAUCUGAAUCGAUUUUGAACAAAUUAGAUGCUUUCGCUGGAGAUGGUGAUUGUGGAAGUACAUUUUCAAUGGCAGCAAAAUCAAUUCAAACUUCUAUGCCAAAAUUAACAUUUUCUCAUCCACAAACACUUCUUCGACAAUUGGCCAUCAUUUUUGAGCAAACUGUUGGUGGAACAAGUGGCGCAUUAUAUGCACUUAUGCUAAGUUCAACUUCUACAGUAUUUGGAAAUGAAGAAGUUUCUAGUAAAGUUUGUCAAAUUGGACUAGAAAAAGCGAAUGAAUCUGUUCAAAUUUAUGGUGGAGCAAGACCUGGAGAUCGAACUAUGAUAGAUGCUCUAGAUGCAGCUGUUCAAACUUUGAAAAGUUGUCGAAUUGAGGAAACAAAAUUGAAAUGGAAGAAGGCUGUUGAGAUGAGUAAUGAAAACUAACCUGUAGUUUUUGAAACGCGGUGGUCCUUGUCGUGGAAUAUGGGCAUUUUUAUUAUUUUUGCUUUGAUUUGCCAUAACUACACUGAAAAUAUUUGAUGUUUUAGGCUGCUGAAAUUGCCGCUCAAGAAACUUCAAAACAAACAGCAAGUGUUGGAAGAGCAAGUUAUACUUCUGCAGAAGCACAAACUCAUCCAGAUGCUGGUGCAACAGCAAUCGCUAUUUGGUUGAAAACAAUAUUUGAGGCUGUUUAUGAGUAG